CAAAAAUUAAACGUAACCAAAAAAGGGAAGAGAUUCAAGUUCAAAAUCUGGAAGCUGCAAUAGCACCCGAAAUACUUGUAGACUAUAUGCUUGAAGCACUUCCAACUGAAUAUAGUUCAGAUAAUUACCUGUUUGAAAAAAAGUUUUUCGUCGCAUUGGAUCCAUUAUUGGAUAUUAUUAAUACAAACUCAGAAGAACAAGAAGAUAAAGAAAUCACACAAUGUUUAAUUAAUCGAAUCUCAAAGGCAGAUCUUUUUUUUUGGAUCUACCAUAAGCGUGAAGUAACAAAAAGUUCAAUUGCAUAUGUUUACUAUUGUAAUAGUCGAGAAGAAUUAAAAAAUAAAAAGCCUCAAGUUGAUAAUAUUUCAAAUCAACGUGAUACAGCAACCAGAAUUCAUCGUUAUGAUUGUGGGGGUACAAUUCGAAUGAACAUUGAUCGAAAAAAUAACCUAAUUGUUGUUAACAUUUAUCAUUUUCUUCAUUUACCACCUGAAACAAUUGAAACUACACUGCAAAUUCAAAAUUAUAUUACUAAAAAUUAUUUGUUAACA